GCGCCACGUGAAAUAUGUGCGAGCUUUUCCAAUUCUCUAUGGAGGGCAGUCCAAGAUGGCGGACAACUGACUUCUUUAACAACCUUGGAAAACAUGUCGGACAUGUGUGUCAUCUUCACGCGAAGACUAUCGUAAUCAAAAUGUCUUAACCUUUGUGAGAAGGGUUGCAGUGAAUAAAUUGCAGCAGCAGGAGGCUUGCGCCGUCAUGUGGAAGUGUCACAAAUGCGGGAAACCCGUAUAUUUCGCGGAGCGUAAGCAGUCAUUAGGAUAUGAUUGGCAUCCAGAAUGUUUACGGUGCGAGGAGUGUGGAAAGCGAUUAAAUCCUGGACAGCAUGCAGAGCAUAAAGGAGUUCCCUAUUGUCAUGUUCCCUGUUAUGGAGCAUUAUUUGGUCCCCAAUUAUUCGGACAUGGUACAAGAGUUGAAUCGCAUACAAGUUUUGGGAAAAAGGAAUCCCGCUCAUCGUUGCCAAGAUCACAUUUGGAAUCCAAGUUAAAAGUGUUUAAUCAAUAUUACGAGGGUAAAAGUGGUGGUAUUAGAAGUCGUGAGGUGAAUGGUCGAUUGAUAUUGGAAGGAGCACUUAGAAUCUAUUGGGGUGUUCGCGGAGUUAUUCAUCUGAAAGAAGACGAUGAUCAACGCACGGUUGUUACAGCACGAAACAGAAAUUCUUGUCGCCGAAGUGUCUCUGAGGUGGAAGAAGAUGAAGAUAAGGCAGAGACGCCAACUAAAGAUAUUGCAACAACUGAGAACCUCCCAGAGAGCGAACCUAAUUCCAUUCCAGCAUCACCUGAUCAUUUAAAAAGCUUAACUUUACCUAUGAAGUUAGAUGUAAAGACUAUGGAAUGGGAUGAACUGGACGAAUUACUUCAGGUGGAGCGCAAAGUACAGGAAGGCAACAAAUUAUAUCAGACCAUGCCAGAAAGUUUGCCAUCGAUUAGUUCACAUUCCAGUACAGAGACAUCGGCACAGUUGAAUCAAGCUAGUACAGAAGCAGAAUCCCGUGGAAACUCAACAAGUGGUUACCAAACCAGUAAAGACGACAGCAGUGUAAACAGCACACCCACGCAUAGCAUAGGAAGUUCCUCUGGUACCGAUACACCUAUCUACCAAGGAACUGUAAAUAGGAAUGGCACACUUCGUAGGGUAGAAUAUUUUGACAGCCUUGAGAAAAAUAUUGCUGGAAAUAGACACAGCAACGAUGACAGUUGGAUAGAAAAGGGUUUGAACCGCUCCAUGUCUGGACCAGAUUGUCUUCAGAGGCACCGAAAUGAUAGCGAUACUGACUCUGUAAAUUCCCUCCACUUUCGAGACGACGACAACAUGACCAUGUCAACGGAUAGCGGUCUCGAGUUGGAUGGCGUUGUAUUGAGACGUAAGCAAGGCUCAACAGCGAUCAGACGUCGUCCUGGUGGUAGGCGACAGUCUAGGAGUAGAUUACGUCGCCGAUGCUCUAUAAAUGGUCACUUUUAUAAUAGAGAGACCAGUUUCUUCACACCUCCUCAUGGCUCUCAGAUGUCGGUGUGGGUUACCAGCUUGGUGAGCACCCAAGAGGUUAUCAAUCUCAUGCUCGACAAGUACAAGGUUGACGCCAAACCUGACAACUUUGCGUUAUUCGUAGUGCGUGAUAAUGGAGAGCAACGGAGACUAAGAGACGACGAAUACCCAUUGGAGGUUAGGGUAGUUUUGGGUCCACAUGAAAACGUAACUCGUCUCUUCCUCGUAGACAAGCUGUCCACUCCGGAAAUUAGUUCGGACGUCGCACAAUUUCUUAACCUGUCACUGGCAGAGUGUCACGGUAUUUUGCAACGUUACCACUUCGAGGAAGAACGUCAGAUACUAGUUCUACGAGAGAAAUACAAGGAGAUGCGGCGAAGAAUAAAACAACGAAUGGAGGAACUGAAGGUCCGCUUAUAGGCUUGGCAAUCGACGGAUGUAUAAUCAAAUUGACGAUCCGUUAUCUUCACGAACGUCCGAUGUCGUUUAUUAUAUUUGUUGCGCGUAGCGGGUUAAUCCGUAACAUAUCGCUUUUUCUUUAAUCGUUCGUAGUGUUAUUAACUAAUAUUUGAUUAUCAUUAGGCGUGCUUCAUCAGUAACGAAGAUGGCAUGUAAACAUGGCAUUUCCAUAUUAUCUUGCAAUUAAUCAUGGUCGGACAGUUUUGUACUCGCACCGUCGCAUUUUGAAUAGUUCCAAUAUUAUUAAACCGUUCAAUUAACACUGGGAUACGCGAGUGUAUCCUCUAACAUAGUCAGACUUAUUGUCUUUCAGUUAGCAAGCUUUUACAGUUUAUUUUUUCUAGUAUAUUUAAGUGAAAAAUUAGGUUACAAAUAAUGGUCCAAGCGAGUAGCUUGAGGAUUAGGUAGCUAUGAUAUAAUUAAAUACAUAGUCCCAUAAAAUCAUUAUCGUAGGUUACCUAUUACCUAUCGUACCAUGGAUUGAUUGUGAGCAUUAGACAAAAAUUUGCCCAUGCAGCAGCUCCAGAUCCUCUUUUUAUACUAUAAACGUCUGUUUCGAUACGUUUAUAUAGCUAACAUUUAUAGUUGUUGAUAAGGAUAUAUGUAUUGACCGUUAUUAUCGGAGUAAUUCGUCAUACCUGUCUAUCAGCGAUGGAUUGGCAAAUUCUUUCCGAAAUACCCAUGACUGUUCUUGCGUUCUCAAUGAACCAAGUUUAACGUAUGCACAGCAAUAGUACGACGAUGUUUUAUCAACAUCGACGUACUCAUCGAAAGGCUGAUAAAAAAGUAACAUUCGCGAAACUAGGUACCAUUAAGUUAAUGUAGGGAAACGGCAUUUCUUUUUUCGACUUUUUUUUACUAGGAAAUACUCAUAAAGUACCAUGACAAUUCCAAAACGAAUCAAAGCUUGGACAGAAUUGAUAAUUACGGGCGGAUGAAACUGGGAAGCCUAAAAAUUGUAAUAUACGAAUCUGUAAUUGAAAGUUAUACGUAUACAUAAGGAAUAAAGUGACGUUGUUUCUUCUU